AUGUUUGGUACAAAUACAAAACCCGACCUGAAAUCUCCUAAUUCAAGGGAUCCUGUCAUACCAAAUUUAACCAUAAAUUCCCCCAGCUCGAGUACCAGUAACGUAUCGCCAGGAACAUUCACUAAGUCCAAGCCAAGUCUCAAAUUGAACAUGAAGACCCACUCCCCGGCUCCCAGGAGUAUGGCCUCCAUCUCCAACACCAUCCCCAACUUCACCAACUCGGGACCCUUCUCCCCCGGUCUUUUCACAUCCAAAAGAGUGUGGGUCAAACGUCACAACGGUACUGCCACCACCCUCAUCGUCAACCAGAACGAUAUCAUUGAUGACUUGAAGUCGGCCAUCAUCACCAAGUUCCCCAAUGCGCUAGGGAAAUUCUACGACCCGGCCGACCUCACUAUAAAGAUGGACCUACAGUCUCGCAAGCCUGUGACAGCAGUUCCUGGCAAUUCGCAGCAGCCUCCUAAGAAAGUCAACAUUUGGACCCAGUCGGCAUCCCCAGAUAGUGGACUCCCCAGUACGUCCCCCGUCUCUACAACGUUCAAAGAUUCGGUCAACAGAAUGACACAAAACGUCAACCUGAGCCAGUAUAGCUACAUCAACCUCGAACCCGACCAGAACGUAUGGAACCUUUUGGACUUGUACUUCCCUGGAGGCAUGGCGAUGAACGAAGCGUUCAUUAUCGAUACCCCCAUCAUGGAACCAGACCCACACCAGGAAGCGUAUCAUCCGCAGGGGAAAUUUUUUGGUUCCAGCACCAACUUGAAUUACUACCAAUCCACCUCACCAGUUCAGUCCAACCCUCCUUAUAAUAGGUCGUUGACGCCUAAUUCUGCUAAUUCAGGAAACUACUACCACCAACCACAUCCUCAGUACAUGAAUUCUGGGGCCAUUUAUAAGGAUAGGUCGGCGUCACCAAAUAAUGCUAAUCUUAAAGCAUCCCCAUUACCUAGUGGGAACUUCCACCGCCGUUCGCAAUCCAAUCCUCCCCAAUCUCCCAUCUCCAAUAAUUUACACAUGAAGUCCCAAAAUACCGCGAACACCUCCACCAAUGGUACCACUGCUAGUACCACACCUAACGCCAACCAGGCGGUAUUGCUUCUUCCUAAGAACUUCUCCCUUUCCAAUACCCAACAGUCUGAUAAGAAACGGUUAAGUUUGGACGAGAAUUUUGUCCGUAAUCGUGACAAGCUCCUCACGUCGCCCUUAGGGAAGGGUUCGUUGACGGACAAUAGCGAGGAUUCACAGUCUCCCCAACCAUUCCCUACAUUGAUGGAAUCAAGGAAGGGCGCCUUACCCAAGUUGGACGUCCAUGGAAGAAACAUCGAACCAACCUUGGACAGUCCUGAUACUCCUACAGACCAAAUGAAGAUGGAAACCCUCAAUUCCUUGAGUAGAGGGUCUAGUAAUAGUAGUAACUCCAGUCGCGGUAGCUCGGGGAACAACAGUGGUAAAAAUAGCGUCAGCUCGUCUAAAAAUGGCGGUAGUGCGAAAAAUAGUGCCAACUCCACCAAGAACAACAGUGCAAAAAGUAGUACCAGUGGACCUAGCGCUGGUGGGAAAGCUGGCGCGGGAAAAACUACCACCGGAAACCCCACCGAUAGCGAGGAAAAGGAACCAGAAACCGUUAAAAGACAAUCAUCAGGAUCUAAAAAGAAUGAACUCAAAGCCAAAUCUGCUACGGAAGCCGUACUACCAUCCAUCUCGGUAUUGGUGGUGGAAGAUAACGCCAUUAAUCAAGCCAUUUUAGGGGCGUUCCUCAGGAAACACAAAGUCCACUACGAGAUCGCUAAAAAUGGUGAGGAAGCUAUCGCCAAAUGGCGUAAGGGAGGGUUCCAUUUAGUACUAAUGGAUAUCCAGUUACCGGUUAAAUCAGGGAUUGAAGCCACCAAAGAGAUCAGGUACCUCGAGAGAAUCAACAAGAUCGGGGUGUUCGCCGAGAACGAACAAGGCCCUAAGUCGGAGGAAUUGGUCGAUAGCGAGAAGCUCGACCUAGAAAUCUUCCGUUCCCCAGUAAUCAUCGUCGCGCUCACAGCAUCGUCCAAUUCUUCCGUCGACAGAAGUAACGCCUUACGUGCUGGGUGCAACGAUUAUUUGACCAAGCCAGUGAACUUGGUUUGGUUACAAAACAAGAUCACCGAAUGGGGAUGUAUGCAAGCAUUGAUUGAUUUCGACGGGUGGAAGACCAAACGGUCGACGUUUAAGACCAGCUCCGGCAAGAUCUUAGGCUCUACCACCACCUCCAGGUCGGGAGCUCAGUCCACCAAUAAAAUGAUCUUGGGAGGCAGCUCACAAAGGCAUCAGAAGCAAUUAUAA